AUGACUACGGUAGUUGCUGUUGGUACUCCCCUUGCGGAGGCCUUGAGUAAUGUCAUCCAGCCGAAGCUGGUAGAGAUGGGAUGGAGCUCCGACGGCGGCGAUGAUUCAGCGUUGACCGAAUACGUGAUUCUUAUGCUUGUCAACGGCAAGACACAAGAACAGAUUGCUGGCGAACUCUCCAACGAUCUCCUCGGACUCGGGGAAGGCGAUACACAGGCCCUGGACUUUUCGCGAUGGCUCUUCGAACAGGUCGAGUUCCUCAACCAACAGAUCAACGGCGGGGGGAUUCAACAAUCAAUUGAAACCGACUCUGCGCAGGCCAUUCCAUCCUUCAACGACCAAGACGCCACCAAUAACCAAGCGAUGGUGACGGGAGAUGGCGCUAUGGAUGCCGAUAUGAGCAUGGGUGAUACCGGAGCUGCAAAUGAUACGAUGUGGGUUUCUCCCUUCGACUCUGCGGUGGCGACUUGGGCUGACACAGAAAACAAUAGACCUACAGGACCGAAAGCAAUGCGCAACAACAGACCAGGCGGGAGGGGUAGGAUGCUUAACCAGAUCAAUCGUCAACUAGACCGCGGCGAUUCUGCGUUACACCGCGUUCGUGGCCAGGCCGGUAGUGGACGUAUUAACUCUCAUGGCCGUGAUCAUACGAAGGGUCGCUUCAAUCAGCAUGGCGGAGGAAGGAUGUCAGGCGGUCGUCCGAUGGGUGGCAUGGGUAUGGAUCAGAUGCAUCUCAUGUCUCUACUCGAAGAGCAAGCAAGGAUGAUGUCCCAGUUUAUGCCCGGCUUUGUAUCUCCAGCGAUCAACCCAGCUUUCCAACAGAACGGACCGCAACAGGGCCGUUCAUUGUUUGACCGCGUGGAACGCCAGCAGGGACGCCGCCAUUUUAACAAGCGAGACGACAAGAAUGCUGAUACCGAUAUGGACACAAAGCCCGACCAGGGUGGUGAGCAGGAUGAAAGCAACACGGACUCGAUAUGUCGCUUCAAUCUGCGGUGUACCCGGAGAGAUUGCCCAUUUGCGCAUCAGUCACCAGCUGCCCCCGAGGGCACUCCCGUCGAUGUGUCUGACCCAUGUACCUAUGGAGCCGCUUGUAAAAACAGGAAGUGCACCGGUCGCCAUCCGUCACCCGCCGUUAAGUCAGCGCAUCAAGCCGAAGAGAUGUGCAAGUUCUUUCCUCAUUGUGCGAAUCCCCACUGCCACUUCAAGCAUCCCUCGAUGCCACUCUGCCGGAAUGGUGCAGAUUGCUCGACUGAAGGGUGCAAGUUCACGCAUGUCCAGACGCCUUGCAAGUUUAAUCCUUGUCUCAACCCUUCGUGCCCGUACAAACACGCCGAGGGCCAGAAAGGAGCGUUUGCGGACAAGGUGUGGACUGCUGACGGACAAGAGAAGGCGCAUGUGAGCGAGAGGAAAUUCGUUUCCAAUGAGGACGGUGCAGAGGAACUGAUUAAACCCGGUGGCGCCGAAGAGCCGUCCCAAACCAACCAAGAGAUUGCGACAUAA